AUGUCCGGUCCAUCGUCCGACGAGCUCGUGGUCAGGGAUGGCUACUUCUUCGGUCGCUCGUGCGCGUGCGCGCCGCCGACGCCCUGGUGGCGUCCAGAAACGAAAUGCGCAUCCGACGACGAAACGCUCCGCCGUGGACCGCGUUUGCUGAACACGUUCACGAAGACCAAGGUCCCGUUCGUCCCACUGAGUGGGAACAGCGUGGGGUGGUACAUCUGCGGACCGACGGUGUACGACAGCGCGCACGUGGGACACGCGAGGAAUUACGUGAAUUUCGACGUGUUGAGACGCGUCAUGUCGGAGUACUUUGGGUACGACGUGCGAUUCGUGAUGAACGUGACGGACAUCGACGAUAAGAUUAUAAUGCGUGCGCAUACCAGGAGGGCGCAGGAUGUCGUUGAGAGCGCGAGACGAUUGGGCGCGAAGGCGAGCGCUGAGACGAUUGCCGCGGCGGCGGAGACGGAGACGCUCCUGGCGGAGGGCGGGAAGCCGCUGGGUAAGUUGGACGAACUCACGCGUGGGCUGGUGGAGCGCGUCAGAGUGGACGCGAAGGGAGCGCUCGCGAGCGAUGACGCGUGCGCGAGGGAUUGGAAGAUUCAGGAUGGGUACCUGGAGCUCGCGCGCGAGUUUGAGGCAGAGUUCAUGGAGGACAUGAAAUCGCUCGGCAUCGCGCGACCGGACGCGCUCACCAGGGUCUCGGAGUACGUGGACAAGGUCAUAUUGUACAUCCAGGUGAUUAUCAACAAGGGUUUUGCGUACGAGUCCAACAAUAGCGUGUACUUUGACGUCAAGGCAUUUGAGGAGGCGGAGAAUCACAAGUACGGUAAGCUCAAUAAGAAUGCGAUGGCGAACGUCGAGGAGGCGAUGGACGGCGAAGGCGCGCUAGCCGCUGAAAAGAGCGAGAAGAGGAGCGAAUUCGACUUUGUUCUCUGGAAGGCGAGCAAGUCGGGUGAGCCUUCAUGGAGCUCGCCUUGGGGCAUGGGCCGACCGGGUUGGCACAUAGAGUGCUCCGCCAUGUGCAGCGAUGUCCUCGGCAAAUCAGUCGAUAUCAACGGCGGCGGGAUCGAUUUGAAUUUUCCCCACCACGAGAAUCAGCUCGCGCAAUCAGAAGCUCACUACGACAUCGAACAGUGGGUGAACUUUUUCAUUCACACCGGUCACUUGCACAUCGACGGAUUGAAGAUGAGCAAGAGUCUGAAAAACUUCAUCACCAUUCGUGCCGCGUUGAAGAUGUAUUCCGCGCGUCAGAUUCGGUUUUUGUUCCUUCUCAACCAGUGGUGUGAUCCGAUGGAGCUCACCCCGGUGGCCGCCGCCGACGGUUCCGGCGUCACCGGCUUCAAGCAGAUGGAGAUGGCGCUGAACAUUGAGAAACAAUUCACGGAGUUCUUCCACUCCGUGAAGGGCUCUCUUCGUGAAUCGGGUAGCUACGUCGUCCAAAAGGAUCAAAUGUGGGAUGGACACGAGCGUAAUCUUAGCGAUGCUCUGGACACCGCGCAAGCCGCCGUACACGAGGCGUUGAUGGAUAACAUCAACACUCCGAAUACGCUUCUGGCUUUGCAAGAUCUCGUGAAGGCGACGAACCAAUACCUCUCGAUGACGUUAACAGACACUCGUCCCCUCCUCGUUGAGCGUGUGGCCAAGUACGUGACGAAAAUUUUGAGCUGCUUGGGCGUGUGUUUGGACGUGGAAUCGAUCGGAUUCCCCGAAUCCACCGAGGGCUCGUCCGAGGGCCGCGAACAAGUGCUCUCGCCGUUCCUCGAUUUGAUCACCAAAUUCCGCGACGAUAUUCGCAAGCUCGCGCAGGAUGGGGCCUCGAAGCAAGACAUUCUCGCCGCAUGCGACGCUGUGCGCGAUGUCUCUCUUCCCGAACUCGGCGUCAAGGUCGACGACAGAGAAGGAGGUGCGCUUUGGAAGCUGUAUGACGCAGAGGAGUUGAAGAAGGAGAUAGCUCGAGAGCGCGAGGCCAAGGAGGAGAAGGAGCGCGCCAAGGCUGCGGCCAAGGACGAGGCUGCGCGAAAAGCCGCAGAGAAAGAAGCCAAGGCGAAGGUUCCUCCGAGCGAGAUGUUCAAGACGUUCGAAGAGUAUGCCGGCUUGUACUCUAAGUUUGGUGACGACGGAGUCCCGACCCACGACGCCGAAGGAGAGCCGUUGCAAAAGAGCGCCCUGAAGAAGCUCGCCAAGGCGCGAGGCAUGCAAGAAAAGGCGCACGACCAAUACCUCGCCAAACAAGGCAUUGAAAAACUGUCUGUGUGA